CGACCACCUACCACAGUGCACCACUCCUUCCCCGCCUUUUCUCUCUCUCCACGGAUCGCCCAGGGGAAUAAAUCUCAAGCUAUCAACAUGCCCGCACCCACAGCGCUGCGAAAUGCAGCACCUCCAACUGAAGCCCAACCCAUGGCCGAAUCCACACCCCUCCCCGCAGAAGAACAGACGGAACUGUUCGACACUCAAGCCCCCUCUACAGACGCGCAGCUCGCACCCCAAUCCAACCCCAAAGCCGCCACAGAAGACGAGGUUAUGGCGGACGAGACAGGCCGCCCACGCUUCGCCCCCGCAAUAGCCACCCCAAUCGCCUUCCGAAGGGAACUGCGCAAAGUGCCCGUACCACCACACCGCAUGACGCCGUUGAAGAACUCGUGGCCCAAAAUCUACCCACCCCUCGUCGAGCACCUCAAACUCCAAGUCCGCAUGAACGUGAAAACCAACUCCGUCGAGCUCCGCACCAGCAAGGCCACCACCGACACGGGCGCUCUGCAGAAAGGCGAAGACUUUGUCAAGGCGUUUACGCUGGGCUUUGACGUCGACGACGCCAUCGCUCUGCUCAGACUUGACGACCUCUACAUAGAAACCUUCGAAAUCAAAGACGUCAAGAGCCUUUCCGGAGACCACCUGGCGCGUGCCAUCGGCCGCAUCGCUGGCAAGGAUGGCAAGACGAAAUUCGCCAUCGAGAACGCCUCGCGCACCCGCGUCGUACUCGCCGACCAGAAGAUCCAUAUCCUGGGCGGCUUCAAGAAUAUCCACAUCGCGCGGGAGAGUAUCGUCAGUUUGAUCCUGGGUCAGCCCCCGGGGAAGGUGUAUGGGAAUCUGCGGACGGUGGCGAGCAGGAUGAAGGAGAGGUUUUAGGGGGUUGGAAUUCAAGGAGGGGAAGAGGAGGUGGUUAUCUGCAUUUUCCGGCGUUUGUUUGGCGGGUUUCACGGGCGAAAAUACCAUGGCUUGAUUGAUUAUUCGAUUGGUGAAAUGAAGAGGAACGCUACUCUGUAGAGCGACAUGUGUGCGCGGGAAUAUCGACGAUUUAUAUGACACAUUUUAGAAACUGGGGUGAUCAAAAUCC